AUGGAUUGUGGACUCGACGACCUGGGCUAUACCGGUGACCUUUUCACUUGGAGGAGAGGCGAAAUAUGUGAGCGUCUUGAUCGGGCGGUCUGUAAUUUAGCGUGGGAAAAUAAAUUCCCACGAGCGGCAGUGAUCAACGAAGAACAUGUUCAUUCUGACCACCGCCCAAUUGUACUGGACAUGGAUUAUUUGGAUGAAAAGGUGUUUAAUCGACCAGAGGGGCGCGUUAAACAAUUUGAGGCGAGGUGGUUGAGGGAAAAGACAGUCACUGAAAUUGUUAAGGCAUCUUGGGAGAAAGCUAAGCUUGCAGGUAUUGGACCUUCACUUGCUGAUCGUACGAGAGCAGUGCAUGCCGGUUUGCAUACUUGGGAUCGGGAAAUUCUAAAGGGACCGAAGGUAAGAAUUAGGAAAUUAAAAAAGGAAUUGGAAAGAUUAAGGCAUGGCCCACUGAAUACGGAAUCUCGAUGUCGUCAGAAGGAAAUUAUUGUGCUAAUUAAAAACAUUUUGGAUCAAGAGGAAAUUUUCUGGUUAUAA